CCCCUCCUUUUCGUGUUCUUUUUAGGAUUUCUUUUAACAAUGUCUUGAUGAAUGUUUAAGGAAGAAACCCUUUAAUUUUGAGGUAAAACCCUAAACCCUGAUUUUGUUUAUGGCUUCUUCGUGUUUUGGUUUCUGAGACGGCGUGAUGGGGAUAAGGGCAUGGGGUUUCUGGUGGCUUGGUUGUGAGGAAAAGAGGAAAGUAGAGGGGAAUGGGUGUGGAGAUCAUGAAUUUUUUUUUUCUAAGAAACAAACAGAUAGUUUGAAGGGAAGCUUUAACUAUAACGUGUGCUUCUGGACUAUGGGAUCGUGUGCUUUUUGAUGUCGCAGUCAUACAAAGGUGCUUCAGAAUCGCCUGAAAGUUGUGGCAGUGGAGAAGAAAGUACAAGGAAAGGGGAGUGUUUGUUGGAGAUCAAACGCACUGGAAUGGUACAAUGGGGAAUCAGCAGGCAUAUUGAGUUCAUUGACAACAAUCCAUCUCCAGGGGAAAAUAACCCUCAACUUCCAUCUCCCAUUAUCAAGCAUGGACAGCAGAACCCUCAACUUCCAUCUGCCAUCACCGGGCAUGGGAAUAACCCUCAAUUUCCAUCUGCCAUUGUCAAAGAAGAAGUAAAAGAUGAUGAAGCUAGGACAACUGAGUCUCUUGUGUUGCCAGAAGCUAAGAAGAGGAAGCAUCAUGCCCUUCAGGAACCCAGAGAAGCACGAGCUGUGAGAUGUUCUAAAGCAAAGCAAACUAGCCUUGUUUAUAAAUGUAAGCAAAUAAAGCGUGAGAAUCCCAUAGCAGUAAAAAAGGAGAAUGUCAUGGAUAGAUGGUCAGUAGUCAGGUAUAAUCAGGCGGAGAAAAGUAUGUUGGAGGUCAUGAAGGCUGAGGGGGCAGUGUUUGAGAAACCCAUUUCCCGGUCAGCACUGCGAAUGGUAGCUCGUAAACACAUUGGUGACACUGGACUCUUAGACCACCUACUGAAGCACAUUGAUGGUAAGGUGGCACCGGGUGGCACUGAGCGGUUCUGUCGGUGUUAUAACACUCAAGGGAAAAUGGAGUAUUGGCUGGAGAGUGCUGACCUGGUUAAAAUUAAGCAGGAGGCUGGAGUACCAGAUCCAAACUAUGUUCCCCCAUCCUGGUUGAGGCCUGGUAGUGUUGCGCCACUGGAUUCUGUUUCUGCUGAAGAAUUGAGUCUGCUUAGAAAGGAAGUAGCAAAAAUGACGAGGGAUAUGGAGGAGCUGGUAUCCAAGAAUCAAGAGCAACAUCAAGCUAACCAUGUUGGGGAUAUUUACAAGGAAUUUGUGGAAUGGAGAGGUAAGACAGACCAGCGCCUGAUGGAGAUUUCAAGUUCUUUGGGUGGUUUACAGGGAAAGUAUAAGGAGAUGAUGGCAUGGAAGUCGAAGAUUGAACAACAACUCAAGGAAAUGUCAAAUUCACUAAGCAGCUUGCAAUCAUCAAAGCAAUGCAAUACCCUGAGUCCAGUUUCUGAAAGAUGGGAGGACUGGUUGGAGAGCACCAACUUGGAUAAUAUUCAAGGGGAAGACUUUGCACCUUGGCUAGAGAACAUGGAUUUGGUUAAUGUUGGGUAUAAUGCCUCAUUGAAAGAACCCUACAAUGCCUCUCAACUGUGGUUGAAACCCUGUGAUAGCCCCUCUCAGGAGCCUGUUUGUGCAAGAGAGCUGGAGCUGCUCAAGGAAGAAAUGGCCAAAAUGAAAAGAGAUAUGCAGGGGGUGGUACCCAAUAGGAUGGAGGAAGAUAAAGCUAAUAUGACCUCAGAUUCAUCUGCCACGGCCAAUUCCAAGACAGAACUUGACAAUUCAUUUUUUCAGGAAAUGUUCAAGGACUUCGGAAAAUGGAGAAAGAAGAUGGAGCAACAGAUGCUUGAGAUUUCCAAUGCUGUCAAUACUUUACAGGCAUCAAAGUAAUACCUCUCCUGAAGCCUUGACAUGAAGAUAGAAAAGAUAGGAUGUUAGUGAUCUUUUGUUCCAUUUUGAAGAAACCCAGUUACCCAUAGAGUAGCAGGAUUAGAUAUUUAGAUACUGUACAGGCUUUACAAGCUAAAACAAGAGCUCUUGCUGAUUCCAAAUCAUCCAAAGCAAUAGGACCGGCAUCUGACCUUUUGACCACCAAAUGAACCAGCUUACAUGAACCAUAUCUUAUAUAUGAGAUGCUAAUUGUAGAGAUCCCGCUUUACUGUUCUUGGGAUAUAGAUGAAGUUGGACACCUUGGAGUGGAUCCUUUUUACCGGCUACUUAGUUAUAGAAGUUUAUUUUGUUUAGGAUAUGGGAUUGUAAUGGAUUAAUGACUAUUGCUCUCCUUUAUUUUCAUGUUAAUCUACUGGCAGCUCAUGUUUAUCC